AUGAACUUCGAUUCCAAAUCUGUGGCUUCGAGCUCAACGGGGUCGGGCUCCAGCCGAAUGUACCAAAAGAAGGAUCGUGGCCCUAUCGCCGCCAUAACUGGCCUUGUGGUCUUCGUGUCUAUCACCCCGAGGGCUUUGGACAAGUGCCCAGUGGUAGAUGAUGGAAAGGCGAAGGGCCGUCACCUUGAUCCGCGAGAACAUGAAUCCGCUUUCUUUCUCCUCCCUCUAGGCGCAUGUUCGACUUGUCGUACUAGGAAGCAGAAAUGCGACGAACGCAAGCCAACCUGUGGCUUCUGCGAAAAGAAGGGGCUUGACUGCUUCUACGGAGACCCAGUACCAACGAAUCUGGACAUGCUAACUGGCCAUAGAAAAGACAAAAGCUUGGUUGAACUACUCGAAAUCGUGAAAAACAUCAACGACAAUACCAGUCAAAUACCGCAACUGUUCGCCCAGCUCCAGAACAUGCAGAUCAGCGUCCCGUCUUCUUCACAGUCUGAAGAUAGUGGCGAUGACGCUUCAUCGACAAGUACUUUGAAGGCCCAAGGCCGGCCUACCCCGAAACCCUCGCAGCAGGUUCCAUACCGAUAUGCGUCUGCAGUCACCAAGAUGAUGGCGUGGCCUGCAGUGAGACAGAAGCUAGAAGACGUCCAGCCCAAAAUACCGAACCUCCAAUCCGCCUUCCGGGAACCCGACUUUCCGUCCGAGUUGUUCCAUCAGCAAGGCCAAGACCGGCGCCUUCCUCGAGGCGGGUUAGAAACGGCGAGCUAUCAUGAACGUAUAUCGCUGGGCUUUCCAAUGGAAGGGCCACUACCACAACUGACGGUGAUGAGCUACGCAACGCUUGUAGACCGCGUCAACACGUAUUUCGAUACCUUUAAUCGGAUCCAUCCUGUUCUAGAUCGUCAAUAUUUCAUGGAGAAGAUACUACAGGACGUCAUCGGGAGCGAGUUCGAGGAAAAUGCGGCAUCUACGUUGGUGUGUCUAGUGUUGGCCCUUGCCGAGGUGGCUCUCGUCGGAGGAUCGGGCGGUGCCUUUGCGGGCUUCGAGGACCACCCUGUCGGUGAACCUGUCAGGACGACAAACGACUUGGAAUUCCGGCCGCCGGGCAUUCUGUUCUUCAACGAAGCACGGCGGCGCUUGGGAUUCUCAAUGACAGAGUGUGCUUUGGAGAAUGUCCAGAUGUAUAUCUUGGCGGGGCUGUACUAUGAGUGCUGUUCUCGGCAUGUGGAGUUCUGGAGAAUGAACAUAUCGGCGUCCCUGGCUUGCCGUGCCUUGAUUACUAGUAACUCUGCCGAACUUCGCUCAGUGCGCGGCGAUCAGAUCCGCCGCGCCUUUUGGUAUUGCUCCAUCAUGGAAACUCCAUCCCGAGAACCCCAACCCACGCCUCCUCCCCUGGCCCCAUCGAGCCCCCAAUCCCAGCCCCUGUUCUACCCAUGGAUCGUUGGCCAAGGCAGCCUCAGCUUGCGGAUGAGCAAGGGACUCCUCGGUCUUCACCUGGAACUUGACCUCCCUUUAACCGGCCUCGAGAAGCUAGAGGCGAGCAUGCAACUACCAACAUUUUCGGCUUAUGCUCAUACCGAAGAUGCGAGUUUGAGUCAAAGUAUUCACAACGACAGGAGAUCCAAUUGUGGUGAGAUAUUCCUACAUCAGAUUUCAUUGCGAAACCUGGGGGUCAAGAUCCACAAAAGCCUGAGAAGAAGUGAGUUGGAUUGCCUUUCCCCGUCGUCCCCCUCCUGGUUUUGGACCCUCUCUCCAUUUCCGUCCAUAUUUCCAUUUCCACUUUCUUACCAGCCUGGUCGACGUACGUCGAUAACGCCUUGUUCGGAGUCUCCAUAUGCGCUUGGCUUCGUAUUCUUGGUCUUUUGCUACCUGCGUCUGCCUCGGAUGCGCGCCUCGCUUCUUGGAGGAUCCACUUCGAGAUCAAACUGGAAUUCGCCUGAUCUAGCCGACUCUCUCGAAGAUCUAGUUGGUGAUUUGGCUUCGCAGCUCGACCAAUGGCACACUUCUUUGCCCAGCGUCUUGCAUUGGGACAGGACGCAACAUUUGGACGCAUUCCAAGCAUCCUUUCCUGUCCUCGAUCCGCAGGUUCCUGACCAGCACUUUUACGCACCGCCGACCUUGUACACCGCCGACGCCAUGGAAGGGUUGCAGUCUGCUCCCAUGCUGGGGUAUCUACAUGAUUCACUCUACACUAAUUCGAACGAUGUGCUCGAAGCUAUACUACGGUCCCGAUUCUACCAUCUCGAAUACUUACUAUUCCGACCUUUUGUGUACAAAGCUCUGCAUACACGAGCAGAAAAUUUGACUGAGACAGACUUGUCCGCAACCAAGAGAUUUUUAGAGGCUUGCCUCCUCUGGCCCAUUAUCCUUCCGCCUGCCGCUCAGCACAAACGCAUGAUUCCUUGCCUCUACUUUUGGUCCCAGAACAUCCUCGGCAUACUCAUCUUCUUGCACCUAUCUGCAACGCAUCCCACUCUCUUCCAGAUUCGACAGAGCCGUUGCGACUCAACUUUCGACGAGGCAGCGAACAUGACGAUUACGCAGGGUAUCAACUGGCUUCGGGGCCUCAAGGAUGAGGACAGCUCUACACGGUGGUCAGUAGAAUCGGGUCGCUAUGGGCCAAUGGACGAGAAAGAUGAGACUUUAGAUAAUGUCACCAACGAAGCGGCCCCAAGAUCUAGCAUGGGGAGACGCAAGGUUGCAUUCUUCAUCGGGCACAUGGCGUUCUGGUUCCUGGGGCACACGACUCGCAUCAUCGGUAUCAUUUUCAUCACUAAACGUAUGAACGACGACUUGGUUGAGAUUAGCAUGUGGCUUGGAGCAGGCGAGAGCUAUCAGUCCAGCGUGACAUUUCCACGCUGGACGCCGGGGACAUUUUCUCAAGGGUGGCGGAUGGCCAAAUCUUUGGAGAGCGCAUUCAGGAGGUUUUCCUCAACAACCCUCUUAAACUUUAUAUUCACAUUGAAGAGCGUUGUUAUGUUCAGUAGGGUAGAGACAUUAGGAGGAAUAUGGAGCCCCUGGGAUGGAGUGAGCGCCGACCUGCCCAAGAAUUGGCGGCAGCAACGUGAUGACCAGCUUCCCGGGAUCAAGCUGACAAGCGCAACAGUCCUGCAAGGCAUUCCUAUGCUCUUGCGUAGAUGUUUGGUCGGGGCUGCAUCUCUCCUCGUCACAGCACUACCCGCCAAAGAGGGCGCCGACAACAUCCCUUUCUUAGGACUUAACGGCUUGAGAUUAACAGCCCAACCAUCAGUUCCAAUACGAAUAGCUUCAUCAUUAGGAGGCCAGAUCACACAGCCUGCCAUCGGCGCCGACGAGUCGCCUAUCGAGUUCAACACAACCGGACAGAUCCAUGUCAACGAUUUCCAAUCGGUCGCAAAGUUUGUGAGCAAGCACAUGCAGGCGAUACCGCCUGCUACAUUCCGACUAUUCAGGUCCGUCAUCAACGCGAGAACGGAGCAUCUAGCCUUCUUGCGACGCAUCGUAAGCGAGGAAGACCCUCAGUACGGCAAAGACAUCAAGAUUCACGACACGUUUGUCCGACUCGUUACCGAAGCUUUCGUUGCCCUCGGCGGAAAUUCCUGGAUAGAGACCGAGCAGUCAAGAGGCGUGCAAGGUCGAUCGAAUACCAGCAGUUUGACUCCAGAAAAACUUGCCGACUUCAUCAAUUUCUCGGCAUUGGACUUAAAAAGCCUGAGCCUUGAGAGCUCAGGAGAGAAUUCAAGUGACAGCGUUCCUGUUCCUCUUCGUGGAUCCCAAAGGCGAGCCCAAGCGAAAUCGGGUAGAGGGGGCAAGGGCAAGAAAAAGGCGAAGAAGGCUCCCGGUGCCCUAUUAAACCAGGUACCUAUUGAGCAAUACAGCAUCGUCGAAGCCGAUGGCACUGGAGAAGCCGAGUCCUUUAUGGCUGCUUGCGCAAUUGCCAAGGAGUGCGUCGUCCUCAGAAACUAUCUCCAGAAUGUCUGGCGCGAGGCAGCGUACUGUGGCUUGCAUGGUGCUAUUGCCGUCUUCAGCGAGGCCCCAGAGUUACAAUCAUACGAGACGCUUGUGGCGGCCAUCAUCCGUGGAAACCUCGAGACUGCACAAGGCUCAUUCAUCAAAGCUUUGGCAAAAGUUAGUCCGGGUGAUCAGCAUGGAGGAACCAAAACGACCUCUAUCGAUUUGAAAGAGUACAUUCAGCUUGGCACCUACCGGGAUUUUGUUGAUUUCCUCGAAGACUAUCAACAGUCAGAGGAUGGGAAGCCUACUACGAAGAUGCUUAUCAAGAUCAAAGACUGGGAUCCCACGCUAGACUUACAACAUACCACGAAAAGGGAAAGAUUGAAGUGGCGGAGAUCAUACACAAUCAACUGGCUUUAUGAUCUCGUCAACUCCUAUACAGCCCCUAAGCGCAGUGAUGGAGAAUGGGUGCGGCUUGAAAACUUACCCAACUGUCCGUUGGCGGGCUCUGAACCGCUUCUUGGUCUUCAGGAUUUCGCGUGUUUUGUCAUCUCGUUAUUAAUGAAGAAGCCAGGAACGGAUGUUCAUCAAGACAUCAUGCCUCAUCGCGUCUUUCAGCUACAAUGCAUUGUCGAUGCUUUCACCGUAUCAUGUGGCUGGACCAACACCACUCGGCGGGGGCAUGUCAUUGGACCACGAUCUCCGGAUACGCUUGGCCCGAUGAAAGACAUUGAUGGGUUUCUGGGACGCAGACCCAUAGGAAACGGUAAUCAGGAGAGCAGCGGCAAAGGCAAAGGCAAAAGCGGUACCAAACUGUACAUCGGUGACAUUGAGCUAUCUAUAGGCGGCAGCACAAAGGAUGACAGCAACAUUCAAAACGACGACAAGAACUUGGGGUUCAGCAAUGGACUUCUUCGGUCUGCCAACUUGAUGGCUCACUUUUACGGGGCGGAACUCCGUAACGCCCAUAGGCAGCCAAUGAUGGAUUUCGUGAGCGUCUUUUGCAGAGAGUUUGACUUCCUGGGCCAGUCAGUGCCAAUGACUGGCGACAUACUCCCAACAUCCCGUUUUGAUCACACCGGACUCAAUGGUAUGUGGAGGUACUCUCCGUACCUCUGUGGUGUGGGAGUGAUGGAGGGCCUGGAAAGGGUCUACCGCACAAGCAUGCUCAUCUGGGACAGCCUCGAGGAACCGACGGCAAUGAUACAUCUCCACAACAUGCUUGUACAGCAGGGGCACAUAAAGCAGCCUUUGGCUCACUAUCAAGUACUACAAGACAUGUUUCGAGAUAGCUUCUUUCCCGAUGGCCAAGUUCCACGGUCCAACUUUGCUGAAGCCUUCCUUGGCAUUGGAGAGCUCUUAUGGGGAGAUGGCAGAGUGAAACAAAAGCCGGCCCUCCCAAAAUCAGCUGGAUACCAUCGCUCAAUCGACGUCAGCAGAAACUUGGCCUUCAACACCAAGUCUCAUUUGUUGAUUUACCGAGAAGCGAAUUGGCAUGUUGAAUGGAUACCGGACAAGGAGCUCAAUCCACGGACUCGUUUGGCCUUGCUCCGCGCUUCGAGGCUGGUUGCCAAUACUCCGCUGAACAGCAUGACCAAAGAUGAGAAGAGUCUGGUUGACCGCGUCAAGAAAGCUUUAGGUGUAGACGAUCAAGAGCUACUGUCCCGAGGGAAUGCCCUGUUGAAGAAGCUCGGUGAGACACGGCCCCACCAGUCCAACACCGGCCGGAACGGUAGGCCGAUUGAAGUCGUGUCCGGGGAUCGCGUCAGGCCUAGUCGAGUGCAAAUACUCGAUCUGAUCAAGGGAGACUUAUACAACGAUAUUUGUGGGAACCGCUCUUACUCCACAUUCAACUACAUACUGUUGUAUGUCAACAUGAUCGAAACCUUUGAGAAGAUUGAAUACGAACUUGCGAGAGCACAAGAUUCCGACUGCCAGAGCAUCCUGGAGUUGGGGACGCGACUUCAUAUGGUUGAUGCACUGAUGCGGAAAGAGCGAGAAAGGGCGAGCCUCAAGAUUGUGGCAAAGGUCUUGGAGAGCCAGAGGGAGUUGCCAUGUCGCUAUCCCCGGAACGAGAAGCCUGUGGAAACAUGGUAUCAAGAAGAGGAUAGCUUGGAUUAUGAUGGAACCGAGAUAUUGUGCUCAGUCAUGUGA